CGACGACGAUUCAGUGUUGAAAAAGGUGGGUGCGCUCUGCUGUGGUGAACUGCGGACCAGCUGCUUGAAGAUCUUUGUUUGGACAAACAAUUUAAUUGAUAAAUUAUCAACCGGCUAAUAUUUGUUAACACAGUUCAAAAUGAGUACCGCCAAGUGGGAAAACAAUGAGGAAAUCAAGAUCUUUCGGGAAUAUCUUCGCAUACCAACAGUGCAUCCGAAUGUGGAUUACACCGCCUGUGUGGAAUUCUUAAAACGGCAGGCAAAAAGUUUGGACCUACCUGUGGAGGUUAUCUACCCAGUAAACGAGCAAAAUCCCGUAGUUGUCCUCAAAUGGCAAGGAUCUCAGCCGGAACUUCCAUCCAUUAUUCUCAAUUCUCACACAGAUGUGGUGCCCGUCUUUGAGGAGAAAUGGACUCAUGGUCCCUUCAGCGCGGAUCUGGAUGCUGAGGGUCGCAUCUUCGCCAGGGGAUCGCAGGACAUGAAGUGUGUGGGAACCCAGUAUUUGGGAGCAGUUCGAGCCCUCAAGGCAACUGGAUAUCAGCCCAAGCGCACCAUUUACCUCACCUUCGUUCCGGAUGAGGAGGUGGGUGGCCAUCUGGGCAUGCGGGAGCUGGUCAAGAGCGACUACUUCAAGAAACUCAACGUGGGCUUCAGCUUCGACGAGGGAAUCUCCAGCGAGGACGAGACCUACGCUUUGUACUAUGCCGAAAGGACUCUGUGGCAUCUCAGGUUCAAGUUUAGUGGAACUGCCGGGCACGGAUCCCUUUUGCUGCCCAAUACUGCUGGCGAGAAGCUGAAUUACGUGGUGGGCAAACUAAUGGACUUCCGCAAAUCCCAGGUGGAGAAACUGGCUGGCGACUCUUCCCUCGAAAUUGGUGAUGUGACCACUGUGAACCUAACCCAGCUGAGGGGUGGAGUGCAGAGCAACGUGGUUCCUCCCCUGCUGGAGGCUGUGUUCGAUAUCAGAAUCGCCGUCACCGUGGACAUUGCUGCUUUUGAGAAGCAGAUUCGCGACUGGUGCGAGGAGGCUGGCGGCGGCAUCGAGCUGGAAUUCGAAAUGAAGAAUCCCUUUGUGGAGCCAACAAAGAUUGAUUCGUCGAACCCCUACUGGUUGGCCUUUAAAAAGGCUCUCGAUGACCUUGGCUUGAAGACACGAGUUCGAGUUUUCCCCGGUGCCACGGACAGUCGCUAUGUUCGCUAUGCUGGCAUUCCUGCUCUGGGUUUCUCGCCCAUCAACAACACACCCAUCCUUUUGCACGACCACGAUGAAUUCUUGAAAGCCGACACCUAUUUGCAUGGCAUUGAGGUCUACAAGAAGCUUAUUCCCGCAGUGGCCGAUGCCUAAUUGAUUUUGAGCCUUAAGGCAACAAAAUUGUGCAUUUAUAUUUUGUGUAGCCUUGUUUAAGCAUGCCAAUAAAAACAUUUUAUAAAUAAAAA